CCUUGAGACAAAAUAAGGAUUUCAGUCAAAAGUGACAAAUCCAAUGGCUUCUCAUGGCUCAAUCCUCAUCCUUGUGCUCCCUGUUGCCAUUGUUCCUAUGUUUAGUUUGGCAAAAGAGUACAUUGUUGGGGAUGAAACAGGGUGGACUAUAGCGUUUGAUUACCAAGCUUGGGCUCAGGGCAAGGACUUUCGCGGUGGAGACAAACUAGGUAAAGAUCUCAUUUCAAGAUAUCCUGAUGAUGAAAUCAAGGCUGAUCCUUUACCACCAAGCAAGCCGCGAAUGGAUCCAUUGAAUUAUGAAGGUCCAAUCAUACGAGCUAGAAGCAAGACAUUCAAGGCUGCCUUGUAUUCUUUCAUGAUCCACAAGGUUUACACCACUAUUGGUGCCCACAAUGUGUUCAGAGUGAACAGAACAGCCUUUCACAAUUGCAAUAUUCCACCACUGGACCAAGCUUUGGCUACUGGGAAUGAUACAAUUGUUUUAGCAACGCCUGGGAAAAAAUGGUAUAUAUGUGGAGUAGGCAAGCACUGUGAGGUUGGUGGCCAAAAACUUACUAUAACUGUGCAAUCUGAAGCUCCAGCUCCAUCUCCAAGCAUGGUGCCUUCUCCACUCGGUGGUAUGCUUGCCAGAAAGAGACUAUUCAUCAACUUUCUCAUGUGGGGAUAACUUGCAACAGGGACUUGGGUCGUGGUUUGAUUAGGGAAAUAGUACUGAUUCUUAAUAAAUGUUAUGUUGUAGGAGAUUUUGCUCUAGAUGAUCAAAUUCUAGUCAUUCAGUGCUAGUUAUAUAUAUUCUGAAACUCUGUAUCCAGCUUUCUAAUUGAUGAAACUUCUGAUAGCUGAAAUGUUUCCUCCACAUAGAAAAGAAAAGAAUUUAUCUAAUCUAUUACUCUUUGCCUCAUCAAUGUGAAGCUGCGGGUUAUA